AUGGUGACAUGUGGAUUUAACCGUAUGUUUAUCGUGUCGUUCAGGUGUAUGAGUCCAAGUGUUGGCGGCAAAGAACUGAUGGCCGAAGGCGUCCACAGUAUGAUAAUCACGAGCGGAACUCUGGCACCGAUUCACUCGUUUGAGUUGGAAAUGGAUAUGAAGUUUGAGAUAAAACUUCAAAACAAUCACAUCAUUGGCGACAAUCAGCUGUCGAUAGUAACCAUCGGUGAAUCCAAAGACAACGUAAUGUUGUCCUCGAAUUACCGGAACCGCGAGAAAGAGGAUUACGUGCGGGCAUUGGGUCAGACACUGGUCGACGUAUUCAAAGCGACUCCCAAAGGGAUUCUGGUGUUCUUCCCGUCCUAUCAGGUGCUCAAUAGAUGCACUAAACUCUGGACUCAACUCCGGGUGUGGGAAGACCUAAAUCGAGUGAAACGCGUGUUUCUUGAGCCCCAAAAUAAGCUAGAAUUUAAUAAAGCGUUUGAGAGAUAUAAGCAAACAGUGGACGACGGCUUCUCCAACGGCGCCGCCUUUUUGGGUGUAUUCCGCGGCAAACUGUCCGAAGGUAUCGAUUUGCCGGACGACUACUGCCGUGCGGUCGUCAUGACUGGCCUCCCAUAUCCGGCGGUAUUUGAUCCGCGCGUUAUGCUUAAGAAAAAGUAUUUAACCGAAGCCCAGAUCGGACUCACGCCUCACGAGUGGUAUGCGUUGCAAAUGAAACGGGCGUUGAAUCAGGCGAUCGGUCGAGUGGUCCGACAUAAGGACGACUACGGAGUGAUUGUUUUGCUGGACUCCCGGUUCGCCUCACUAUCGGACGGUCUGUCCAAAUGGAUCGAAAGGUUUAUCAAAAAGCAUUCCAAAGACUUGUAUUUGAACCAAACGUAUGCAAAAAUAAGACUAUUUUUCCAUCGUUUCAAUACAAGUAAUAAAAAUAUGAAUGAAAUUAAGAAUAUUAUUGAUAAUAAAAAGAUUGUGUUGUAUUGA